CACAAUAGGGAAUGGCAGAAGCUAGCCGGGCUGUUGUCCGAGGUCGGGCCUGUAAAAACGGUCGACCAGUGGAAGCACACAUGGCGCGACCUCAAGAAGAAGGCCCGGGGCGAAGCCGGUCGAGCCCGGUGGCGAAAGCCACAACCGGUAACGCAGCUGUGGUCGUAGAACCUUCUGCACUCUCGUGCCAAAUCCUCGGAUUGAUUGGCCGGGAGUGUGCGGUGGGGCUGGCGGCUGAAGGCGAAACUGGUGUGGGGGAGCAAGAUAAUGAGGAGCCCAUGACAGUCCCACAGCUCCCUCAAACAUCGCCGAGAGCCACCGGGUUUGCGACUGAGAGGCAGACGGAGGGAGCCUCUGCGGGCGCCUUGCAGACGACACCGCGCGUUCGCAACCGUCGUCGCCGGCCGGCAAGGGCUUUGGACGCUGCGACGAAGCCCACAACUCAAUACAUUCAGGGCCAAAAGCAGCAGACGCUGCUUCUGGAGGAAUUGAUUGAAGAACAGAAGAUUAGAAAUAUUCUCAUUCGAAGGAAAGCUAAAAGAAAUAAGCCGACGCCAAUCAGCAAUUUAAUGUUUUAAGUACUAUUAUACCCAUCAAAAACAUAAAUGUGAAAUGAGAGGCAAGUUCAAUAAUGCCUUGGUUGUUCACUUCAACGAAAAAAGAAGUGAUAUCUAAAUGGUUGCCAAGUUCAAUGGUCAGUCAUGAAAUUUAUUUAUACAUACAUACAUACAAUCACGCCUGUAUCCCAUAAAGGGGUAGGCAGAACACAUGAAACUAUUAA